AUGGUAGAGUAGUAACGAGUCCAUUUCCAAGGAUUGCUUGGAGCCACCGCUUCUCUCAUAUCUACACUUGCUGUUUAACCACUGGAGGUUAUCAAGAUGGUCAUGAUUGUUAAAUCCAAUCCUGCCAACUACAGAUUGACAAGCACAUAUGGAUCAGCCGAAUACAUACUAAUCAAUGAAGGACUCAAUGGAUUUUAUCGCGGCUUGCGCCCUGCAUUAGUUAGAAACAUGAGCGCUGGCUUCCUGUAUUUUCAAAUGCUAUCCUAUGCUACAAGUGUGGAACGUAAUGUUUCCCAAGACUUUCUUGCUUCCUUUUUUGCCAGAGGGCUCUCCAAUUUCAUUACUAAUCCAAUUCUCCUAAUUGAAACUCGAGCUGAAGUUCCUGGGUACUAAUACACAUCCCUAUGGAAGACAGCGAAAACCAUUGCAAAACAAGAAGGUGUGAUGAGCUUCUUCAAGGGAGGUCUCACCUGCUCAAUCAAAGACAGUCUAUUCGCUGGAAUCUAUUAUGUCGUUUACAGGAAGAUGCACGAGAUGUUCCUAACCUCUGACUCUGGCUUUUCCCCUUCAAUCACCUUCCUCUCCGGAAUGAUCGCCGGUCUAGUUGGCACCUGUGCAAGUCACCCCUUUGAAAUUCUCAGGGCGAGACUAUAGACCAACUAUUAUCAUGAUCAAAUGACCAUCAUGGAAAGAUUCAAAAGCACAUAUCAAAACGAAGGACUAUAUGGGUUCACUAUUCUUACUAUAUGCUUAGAUUUACUAAAGGUCUCAGUCCUAGAUUAGUUAGAAAAACCCUUGGCCAAUUCGAUUUCAUUUCUUCUUGUAGAACAUUUAAAUCACCUCUUGUAUGGUACUUAAUUUCACUUUUUGAUUGUUAAUUUAAUGUAAUCACUUUACAAAAAUAAAUAAAUAUAUUCUAAAAAUAGAAACCUAUUUAUUAUUUUUCUUCUUUUUUUAUAUUAUAAAAAUUAACAAUUUUGA